CACUCAGUGACGCUCAGUGUCUCUCUCUCUUUACUUUGCUGUCUCCCAUCACUUUCCCCCUCUGUACCAACCCACACCUCGAAUGUUUCCCCACCGAUGCUGAUGUCUUCACCUCACAAAACUCCAACCCGCUCCCACUCUGAGUCAUUGAUGGAGAGGAGGAAGGAGACUUUGACUCGGUAGAGGAGCAGCUGUCUGCAACAGAGUUUCAAUAAAGAAAAUCGCCCGAGGGAACAGAAACAGGCGGAGACGAGCGGAGACAGGCAAAGGACUGCUUCAGGUGACCGAGUCGGGAUGGAGGCGCACGGUGUGUGUGAUUAGGAAGCACCGCUUCUGGAAGCGCUCGCUUUGUUGAGGUGGAAUACAAAGUGAAGAACCGUCAGGACUGACCGGGACCGCCUUUGUCCGUUUCACUUGUCGGAUUAUCUCAGAAUCAUGAAUGUGCCGCCCCCAGACCGCAGGAAAAACAUGCGAGAACUGGCUCUGGAGAUUAGCAUCCGAGUUCUGCUGUUCGGAGUUUUUGUAUUUACAGAGUUUCUGGAGCCCUUUGAGAGAGUGAUUCAACCAGAGGAGCUUUGGCUCUACAAGAAUCCUCUGGUGGAGUCGGACCACAUUCCCAAGAGGGUCAUGUUUGCGAUUUCAUUCCUUACCCCACUGGCGGUGAUAUUUGUGGUGAAGAUAAUUCAGAGGACGGACAAGACAGAGAUCAAGGAGGCAUGUUUAGCUGUGUCCCUGGCUCUCGCCCUGAAUGGAGUCUUCACAAACACCAUCAAGUUGAUUGUUGGCAGACCCAGGCCUGAUUAUUUCCAGCGCUGUUUCCCAGAUGGGCAAGUGAAUGCGAAGAUGCUGUGCACCGGGGAGCCAGAUCUAGUCUCAGAGGGACGCAAGAGUUUCCCCAGCAGCCAUUCCUCCUUUGCGUUCUCUGGUCUUGGCUUCACCUCCUUCUACCUGGCGGGGAAGCUGCAGUGUUUCACAGAUCAGGGUCGGGGGCGUAGCUGGCGUCUCUGUGCUAUGGUGUUGCCUCUCUACAGCGCUAUGAUGAUUGCAUUGUCCCGGACCUGUGACUACAAACACCACUGGCAAGACGCCUUUGUUGGAGGAGUGAUCGGGUUGCUGUUUGCGUACAUCUGCUACCGCCAGCACUACCCACCCUUUCUGCACAUGGACUGCCACCUGCCUUAUGCCAGUCUGGCUGCCGCCGCCCACGCGCCCUCGCAUCCCCAGGACGACCCGCAGCCCACUGACAAUGCCACCACCCUUCCCCUGGAGGGCUUGACUGAAGGGCCAGUAUGACUAGUGGCCACCACCGAGACUCCCCCCAACACCCUCACCAAGCCACCGAGUCCACCUCCCCAUUCCCAGUGACUGACUGGCUCUUGUAUACAUUCCAGUGGACAGUAACAUGCCUCGCCCCCAUCUCCAUACCGCUACACCCAGUCUCGGUGACACCUACAUUCUUUUGUGUUUAUUUUUUUAUAUCUGGUUCUUGCUCAGCAGCCGUGAAAGUCUAUAUUUAGAUGUGAUGUAUGAGAGGAACCAAGAAUAUGGGACAUCACCACUGAGAGGGAAGAGAGAGAAACAUGUUGAAAACCUGAGGAAACAAGUCUCACUAAUGGCUGUGAAGAAGAAGAUGAAAAUAUUGUCAGUUUUUGCUGGAAAUUUUUUCCUUAAGAAAAGUGGCUGUCAGCUUGUUUUAUGCUGGAGUAUGUAUUCGAUGUUUGGCUGUGGGACAGCAAGUUGGGUGGAGACACGAGAAAUCCCAUGAAAUGUCACAGCAAUCAAACCAUAAAAUCAAACUAUAUCGAUAUUGUAUGUUAGAUGUUACAGUUAUGGACAAAUGAUGGAAUUUGAUAGGAACUAGUGCCAGAAAAUCCACUGACACUCUGUAUGUUUGAGUUAGACUUUCAUAUGUACACUGUGUUUUCAGAGGGUGCCAAUGUGUUGAGGGACCUGGGGCAAUACUCUAGAUUCAUACCUUUUCUGCUUUUAAUAAUUUCUGGAUGUCCAUAGCAACAUGAUGAUAAAUAUAGAACCAAUACACUCUAGGAGAAAAGCACUGGUCUGUGUCAAGGGCAAUAGUCAAUGUUCCCCAACCCCUCUAAACUAACUCCUCUACCUUCCCCCGUUUUUUAUUAUUCCAUUUCUCCCCAUUCUCUUGUAGUAUAGUGUUCCCACACAAGCCUGAAUUAUCACCCCUCCCUCAUUCCUCUUCCUCACCUUGUCACCAUCCAACUUUAUUUUUCACAAGCCCUGAAUUUAACACACGUUCCCAGGGGUUGCAUGGGGACACAGACCCAAAUUGUAGCUCAAUAAGGGCAAUCAAUAACAGGCAGGUGGGCAUGGUGUGGUGGAAGUGUGUCGAACAGGAACAAACUCCAAUCUGAUCCUGCAUUAAUCCUCAUUAAGGGAGGUCGGCCACCACUGCUUAUGAGGACAUUAGGACUGUAUGUGGUGCCCCACAGACUGUCCAAGCAUUGCAAAUGGCUUUCAGCCCACUGCAGCCCCACAAAUAGACAGUCUAGCAUUCAGCAGAUGACGGGCCUGAACCAGAGACAGCCAUUUUGAUGUAUUAUUCAUCCAUUAAUGCUCUGCUAUUUAUUAAUAUUUCCAGCCUUAAUUUAGUGAUGCUGUGUUAAAACGAAGCAGACACCAAAGAUUUGUAGCUUUUUUCUGCUUGGGUUGGAUGCACCCUGUUAUGCUUUAUUAAGAGUGAUGACACAUAGCCAGAUAACUGGUUCCCUCUCAUCAACAAAGCAAUUUGUAGCCUCUUACAAGUUUUGUUAGAAAUGAUGGAUAAUUUUGUUGCCUUGGUUACCAUGUCUUUUUGCCAUUGCUGUGACAUUAAUGGGAAAGUGCAAUCUCAGCCUCCCGCCAACCCAACCCAGCUACAUAAGAAGGAAAACAGGAGGUAGCCCAUCAAAACAGCAUGAUAUGAAAGGAGUACCAAGCCAAAUGUAGGGGGCUAUUUUGUAACUUUAUUAUCUUGACAUUAUGUUAGUCUCACCUAUUUUUACAUUUGUCUGUCUCCACUGUCAAAAGACCACACGUUUGUAAAAAGCAUCAGUUGAAGCAGCUGCACCUUCAGCUGCUGUUUGCUUCAUUCUGGGCACAACUGGACUCAUGGCACAAGAAAAGACAACAGAAGCUUCUCUACAUUCAGUUCUUUUAAAUAUCAUUUGUUAAAAUCAGCCUCAAUUAAGCCUCCAUCACUAAUGCAACCCAUUGGCAGCUUCUUAAAAUUGUGUGUGUGUCUGUGUGUGUGUGUGUGUGUGUGCAGGUUUUGACAAGGCCUAUCCCACUCCAGUGCAAUAUCAAAAUGAAACAUUACAAAGAAUGAACAUUUCACUAGAGGGAGGAGGUGCUCGACUCUGCACAUCAGACCCUGUGACGGGACUUGAAGAGACUCUGAGAGUUGACUGGAGAGAAACUUGUUCUACAGAGUCUUUCAGCGUGGGGCGUGAGAUCUGUGACUGUCAGAUUUUGACAUCUAGAGGCAGAUUUGGGGAUCAAAUGAUUGUGACAGAGAUGCAUAAUGUUCCAUAGACUUGCAUUUGCCUGACUUGGCAGCCUGAUGUUUGUACUUCGUCAUUCAGUUUUCUCCUAUUAGAUGGUACAGUGUAUAUUGGAAAAAAAGUGUUGUUCAGAAAUCAUGUCUGUACGAGUAUUUUUGCUUUUUAAGGAUUUAUGUUUCCCAGAAUCCUUCAAAUAAUUCCAUGAUUUGUUUUAAUUUGGUGCUAUACAUACUUUUGUAGCAGUAGACGUCACUUUUUUUCAAACAAUGGAUGUGUCAUUUUGAAAUAAAAGUUUAAUCAUUUUCUACAGAGAGAAAAAAAAAUGACAAUACAUAUUUCUGUUUUUUCAGAUCAGAUGCUCAAGGGCAACUAGUGCAAGUGAUUUUUUUUCAGUCAUUCACCCUCUCAAGGACUGAGGGGAUAAAAGUAACUAAAAAAUAUUGAAUAAUAAUAAAAUUAUUAUCAGUUAUAAUGAAUAGAUGUCUGAAGAAAAAACGAGUGUAAGACUUAAGAAACUUUGUUCAUGGCAUGCCUGUUCCAUUUGUGAGAAAAGACUGUUUUCUAUGAAUAAGCAUGUCUGGCCUUGAGAACACUUUGAGCUGUGUUUUGCUGUUUAUAUACUUUAUGUACAAUAAAGGACUGCAGCUGUGUGAAAUGUGUCCGUGAAGAAAACAAAGGAGCCUAAUGUAUCUUGUCUAAGUGUGAUCGUCGGAGCCUGUGUUUGCUGUUGUGACAGGAACUCUGAACCACUUCACAUCGAUUCAACACAUCAUUGGAAACACACCAAGGUUUGAGGAUGUUUAUAUUAAAAAAUAAUUUCAUCCUGUAAUCAGAUCGUAGGUGUUACAACAUUAUUCCUUAUUAUAUGCAAAUUAACAGCCUCACAUUAUGCAGCAGAAGACAUUUGAACGAGCUAUAUCCCAAGUUCGGUUCAGUGAAUUUAUGCUUCAGCGUUCCUGCUGUCAGACUGCAUCGUGCUAUUGAGACAGCUGAGGGUGUGUGUGUGUGAAUGUAACUCUGUUCUAAGUGUGUGUUGUACUUUUCUGCAUCAGUUGUGUUGCACUCUUGUUUAGAGAGUUUCCAAUAAACGUGUGUAUGCUUAAGACUGCCUGUUGCUUUUCAUAUCAGUAGGAUUUCAUCAGGCUGCUGGCAGGGGCAACUCCUGAGAGCUGAUUUAGAUUUUGGUACA